AUGAGUGUCUUCGAGUUUUUGCAAGAGUACGAAAGUCUGGAUCACAUGGAGGAGGUGAAUUCGCGCGCGUCGUGUAGUCCGCAGUUUUUCCUACCCCACCAUGCCAUCCACCGUCCUGAGAGUUCCACUACGAAGACACGAAUCGUAUUCGAUGGAUCCUGUCGUAGCUCCACCAGUUUGUCGUUAAACGAGAUUCUUUUUGUCGGACCAACAGUACAGCCAGCUCUGUACUCUACCGUCAUCAACAUUCGCUUGCCUCGAUACGCGGUUACUGCUGAUGCUGAAAAGAUGUUUCGACAGAUCUGGGUGCAUCCAGAAGACCGAAUGUAUCAGCAGAUUCUGUUCCGAACAAAUCCAUCGGAGUCGGUCCGCAUUUAUCAGCUUAAAACCGUUACCUACGGAUUAGCUAGCUUGCCGUUCCAUGCAACACGCGUUCUGAAUCAAUUGGCUAUUGACGAAGGAGAACGCUUUCCGUUAGCAGACCCCGUGACAAGGAAAGGGACUUAUGUGGACGAUGUACUCACCGGCCAUGAUGACAUGAAUCUACUUGUCGAGACUUGUCGGCAGUUAAUGGAAAUACUGAGAAUAGCAGACCUCGUGCUCAGAAAAUGGGCAACAAACGACACAUCCGUCCUCAGUUACGUACCUCGUCAAUUGUGGGAAACCAAACCAGAACUCGAAAUAGAUCGCACACCUAAAAAAAAAGACCCUAGGACUACUUUGGAUGCCCCAAUCAGACACAUUUCAGUUCAAGAUCCCAGUUCUGCCGCAGCUGCAAGUCGCGCCUCGUCGUAUCCGAAAUGUCGCAAUUAUUUGACCCUCUUGGCCUUCUUGGACCUGUAG